AUGACCUGCGGAUCAGGAUUCUGCGGCCGCGCCUUCAGCUGCGCCUCGGCCUGCGGGCCCCGGCCCGGCCGCUGCUGCAUCACCGCCGCCCCCUACCGCGGCAUCUCCUGCUACCGCGGCCUCUCCGGGGGCUUCGGCAGCCACAGCGUCUGCGGGGCCUUCCGUAGCGGCUCGUGCGGCCGCAGCUUCGGCUACCGCUCCGGCGGCGUGUGCGGCCCCACCGCCCCCGCCAUCACCAGCGUGUCUGUCAACGAGAGCCUGCUCACGCCCCUCAACCUGGAGAUCGACCCCAGCGCGCAGUGCGUGAAGCACGAGGAGAAGGAGCAGAUCAAGUGCCUCAACAGCAAGUUCGCCGCCUUCAUCGACAAGGUGCGUUUCCUGGAGCAACAGAACAAGCUGCUGGAGACCAAGUGGAGGUUCUACCAGAACCGGAAGUGCUGCGAGAGCAACCUGGAGCCACUGUUCAAUGGCUACAUCGAGACGCUGAGGCGGGAGGCCGAGUGCGUGGAGGCCGACAGCGGGAGGCUGGCCUCAGAGCUGAACCACGUGCAGGAGGUGCUGGAGGGCUACAAGAAGAAGUACGAGGAGGAGGUGGCCCUGAGGGCUACUGCUGAGAAUGAGUUCGUGACUCUGAAGAAGGACGUGGACUGUGCCUAUGUCCGCAAGUCUGACCUGGAGGCCAACGUGGAGGCCCUGAUCCAGGAGAUCGACUUCCUGCGGCGACUGUAUGAGGAGGAGAUCCGCGUUCUCCAGUCCCACAUCUCUGACACCUCGGUAGUCGUCAAGAUAGACAACAGCCGGGACCUGAACAUGGACUGCGUCAUCGCAGAGAUCAAGGCUCAGUACGAUGACAUCGCCAGCCGCAGCCGGGCUGAGGCCGAGUCCUGGUACCGCAGCAAGUGCGAAGAGAUAAAGGCCACCGUGAUCAGGCAUGGGGAGACCCUGCGCCGCACCAAGGAGGAGAUCAAUGAGCUGAACCGCAUGAUCCAGAGGCUGACAGCUGAGGUGGAGAAUGCCAAGUGCCAGAAUUCCAAGCUGGAGGCUGCAGUGACGCAGUCUGAGCAGCAGGGCGAGGCAGCCCUCAGCGACGCCCGCUGCAAGCUGGCAGAGCUGGAGGCCGCCCUGCAGAAGGCCAAGCAGGACAUGGCCUGCCUGCUCAAGGAGUACCAGGAGGUGAUGAACUCCAAGCUGGGGCUGGACAUCGAGAUCGCCACCUACAGGCGCCUGCUGGAGGGCGAGGAGCACAGAUUGUGUGAAGGUGUUGGGGCCGUGAAUGUCUGUGUCAGCAGCUCCCGGGGUGGCGUGGUCUGCGGUGACAUCUGUGUGUCCGGCUCCCGGCCCGUGGCAGGCAACAUCUGCAAUGCCCCGUGCAGUGGCAAUGUGGCGGUGAGCACCGGAAUGUGCGCCCCCUGCAAUUCUGUCACGUCUUGUAGCCUGGGCACCGUCGGCGUGGGCUCCUGUGGCAUGAGCUGCCGGAAAUGUUAGGCACCCCAAUUCAAGCCUGGGGUCCCAGGCAUCUUUCCUGCCCAGCCCCUAGGCCCUGCCCAGCUCCAGGGACUGGAGUGAGCACUCAGCUGCUUGUAUUGCACUUUGAAACGUCCGUUCCACUCCCCACUUCUCACUUUUCUGCGUGAUCCCGUCCUCUUUGACUCUGCUGCCCUGCGCUGGGAAAGGCUACCCAAGAGAGAAGUCCCCAUGGCACCCACAGAAAGGGGGCUUAGGGGCAGGCAGGGCCAGGCUCAGGACUUGGUCCUGGGCUUCCUGGGCCCCCCAGCCUCUCUCUCCUUUCUCCUCU